UUAUGAUGGAUCGAAUAUACCUUAUUAAUUCGUGGUCAUUUCUAGUCAAACAUUUUAAAGAAAUAAUUGACAAACUUCAAAAAAUGGCUGUAGAGGUUUUUAAUUCUGAACAAGCAGCUCGCUUUGAAAGGUCAGGCAGGGAUAGUAGAAACAGAUUUACCAGUUCAGAUGUCUUACGACGACAACACAGGGCGUCAUUUCGCGCAAUUCAGGAUUUAACAAAAGACAAGCAUUUAUUUCACUAUCUUCAUCUGUACUUUGCUUGGAUACUUAAAGCUGGUGCACAUCGAGUGACAGAGAAAGUUCUAGAAGGCCCUCCUAGGGUGAGCUAUACUUUGUAUUCCAUCUUUUUUUGAAGUAUUCAUUUAGAGUACACACUACAACAUGAAGAAUGAAUUCUUGUUUAAAUUAAUUCAUAAUUAUCUCUUGAACGAUAAUCAGUAAUGUUCACUGCUGCAUGCAUCAAUUGUCUCACUUUCAUCUGCAUAAUAAUAUUAUUUGAAAUUCAAUGAUAUGGGUGAUAUUUG